AUGGACCCUUCUCAGGCUUCGAGCAAUGUAACGGUCGAAUACACAGAUCCGUCCGGCUUGUUUCCGCUUAUUCAACCCGUGAUCGAAGCAAAGCUCCCCCUCAAAAAUCUUCACUGGAAAUCGCCAACCCGCCCCGUGCGAUCAAUCGAGUCGCUCCGCAUCGGCUUCACACCGGCGCAAGAAUCAAAUGAACGCAAAUUAUCGAGCGAUACGGUUCAUGGCGCAGUCACCCAUCGCAGACACCAAAUCCCCGGUCUACGGCAAACCCCAUACCUGAAAGUUUACCUCCUCCGAUGUGACGACAACGAAACCUACAAGGCGACGGCCCGACGGAACCUUCGUGAUUGGAUCAAGACUAUCGCAUCUUCCCAAAGCUCGCAGUCCGCAAUUACUAGCCAGGAGAAGCACGAUGCUUUUGAGUGGCUUAUCCUGCAUGUGGUACCAGACGGUGACGCUGCGGACAAGGCGGCGACAUCUACCUCCAAAUGGGGCCGGGGUACAACUACAGUGCUGGAAAAGGCGAAAGCUGACUUCAACGGGUCAUCCAAGUCGGCUGUAGAUCGUGUGGCCCAAUUGCGCCUUCCCAAGCAGGGGAACAGGUCCUCUGAGUUGGCGGAGCAAUUGGAGGAUUUGAUCGAUAGAAUGAAGAACGGGAUUCUAGCUUCCUUUGAUUUGCGUGUGGCUCAAUAUGAGGAAGAUAUAAAAGAGAAAGACUCUCAACGCAGUUUACCUGGCUGGAACUUCUGCACGUUCUUCAUUCUUAAAGAAGGUCUUGCUAGGGGGUUCGAGAAUGUGGGCCUCUUCGAAGAUGCGCUGGCUGGAUACGAUGAGCUAGCCGUUGGCUUGGAUGCGACCAUUCGCGAACAGCUCGAUGGGAGUGGUGAUCAACACAGUGGCGCACUCUCGAUCACCAGUAAAAGCUGGGCUGAGAUGGCGAAAAAGGCAUUGGAAACCGGGGCUUCCGAUGACAGCGACGGCAAUGAUGACGACGCGGCUCUUUUUUCAGAGCUUCAGCCGGGAGAUUUCCCAUUGAAUGCCAACAAGAUGUCCUACCGGGAAAUGAUACUGGGGAGCGACAUCUCCAUCUUCGAUUUUCGCACAUACAUUUUCUCUCGUCAACUGACUCUACUACUCCGAGCUGCGAGAGCUCCGUCACUGGCCGGCAGCGAACCCGCUGCAGAUGGCAACGUGGCGAAAUCAGACAAGAAGCCCGAAAAUCUCACUCUGCUAGCUGAGAUUUGUGGAAGAGCAACAGAAUUUAUCGGUUUAGCUGCACGUACUCUCCGCCAUGAUCUCGAAUGUGGCCUGGCGGAGGUAGUUCAUGACGACAAGACAGAUAUUAUCAACAACCUAGUCUCUUCGUGGGCAUUUGCGGCAGCUUUGCAGAUCCUGAGUCAAACCUCUACCCCGACCCUCAUGCUCCCCGAAUCCUCUUUUCAUGUCGUUGCACAACCGAGUGAGGCCGCUGCUGUCUCGAUGGCAGAUUCCCGUGCCGAUGUGCCUCGCCGCUCUAGUUCCCUAAUGGGCUCAUCUGGUGCCCGACCUCCCCGGCCAGUUACGCAGGACAUGUCUGACAGCGUGGGCUUGAUGCAGCGACGAUCCACAAUGGAACACCCUAAGCCCGUGCAUAUUCCCACACAGAAGACCGGUUCCGAACAGCUAUCAUCCGGGAGGGCGGGAUUGCUUCUUCUGGCUCGGCGAUCCCUCGAAGAGAUUGCUAGUCGACGGGGCUGGGCUGAGAACUGGAAAAAUCUCGGUCUCCUCUUUGAUGAUCGCCAUCGUUCUGGGGCAAGUGACCUGGAGGAGAUCUCGUUGGACGGCGAUGACACUGAAGAGUCACAAACACCUCCCAAGAAGAAGGAAUCGUCGCUUGCGGGUAUCGAUCUUGCUAGCCUCAGGGCUGCUUUAAAUUCAAAAGACGCCUUCCUGUUUCUUUAUGAAGAUCUCACAGACCGUUUGAUCUGUCAUCACAUGGCAGCCAACCGUGUCAACUCUGUUGAACAGGCUCUGGCUGAAGUUGCUAUUAUACGAUAUCGCCGGAAAGACUACGAAUCUGCUGCUUCCUAUUUCCAUCGGAUGGCCCCAUUCUACGGCUCCAAGUACUGGGUUGUUCUAGAAGGAAGCAUGUUGGAACUCCAUGCACGGUGCUUGAAGGAGCUCAAACGGACCGAAGAUUAUGUUCGCAUGAUGUUGCGAUUGCUUUCCAAAUUUGCUACAUAUGCGCAGACGCAACUGUCAGUCAUGCAAAAGUCUGUGGCUGGCUCGAUUUCUUCUACUGAAGAGGAAAUGUUAGAAGGACACAUCCGCGACUUGUUUGAAGCAGCUGGUGCUCUACAAAAGGAUGUCUCUGCUCCUUUGACAGACUUUUUUGCCGAAUUCCAUGUAGACCCAGCCAUUCUUCUGUACGACAACAAGGAUGGAUUCCAGAUCCAAUUGUCAUUGCGAUUCCUUUUGGGCCAGCAGAUCCAGAUUGAUACCAUCAAGGUUCGGCUGGUCAGCGCUAACAGCGCUCAAAACUCAGAGCACUGGAUCGAGAGCUCAGCUGGUUUCGUGGUAAAAUCAUCCUUAACAAAGAUUUUGAUUGACUCCUCGACCACACUUCAGGGCAAAUACUUCAUUGACCGGCUCGAGAUGAGGGUUGGCAAUCUUGUCUUUAACUUUAACGGCGGGCACAACUCCACCCUUCCAGUUGGCUUCCGAGAAACAGAAGACUCGGAGGAAACCAGCAACCAACCUUAUAUAUAUUGCUAUCCUCCGGCUGAAGCCCUACAGGUGAAGAUCGUGUCACCGCAUCUUAUAAACCUUCAGGCCAUGCGGACGCUGGAGCUGGAACUUGACAGCGGACGAAACGAGAUCAAAAGUGGUACAAUCCGUGUCCGGCCAGGUACUGCCGGCCUGCGGCUUCGCCUUGCAGAAACAGAGGUCGUGGAUGGUAAUAUUGAGGUAGAUGCCAACCACGAUUCGGGCAUCAUCGAAUUCACGCAAAUGCCGGCGCGGUCAUUCAUCCGACUGCGUGUACCAUAUACUGUAGAGGAGGCGUUCUCGACCCUGUCGGCGCGAGCGGAGAUCGCGUAUGAGACCGAGCAAGGCCGAUUCGCUUCCUCGGCAUCGUUCAAUGUUGUUUCAACACUACCUAUAUCGGUCAACGUGCAGGACAUUUUCAAGGAUGAAUUACUAUUCUCUCGAUUCACCAUCAGCCCGGCCAUGCUGAUCCCGCUUCGCAUCAUAAACUGCAGCCUGCCUAGCUCAGACAUCUACGACGUGCAAUCCAGCAUUACUGGCCCCGUCGCCCUUGAUGUCUUCCCUAAGCAGCCCGCAUCUCUUCUUUACAAAAUUCGCCAUACUAAAGAAAACCCAGUCGCAUCAACCCCGCAUAGCCUACAAUUGGGCGUUGACUUCACAUGUGUCGAUGAUGAGUGUCUGGAUGCAGUUGAAAAGCAAUUUGCUGCUUCCAUUGCCUCCAGCCCUUUCCGCCAGUACGCCGCGCUGCUCACAUCGCACAUUGUCUGCAGUUUCCGCGCACAGCUGUCCACGAAUGACAUGGAAGCCAUAGGGCUCGUUCGAGAGGUAAACAUGCUACCCUAUCAGACUGUGCAAUGGGACGAUCUGCUCGGAGCUUUGAAAGUACCAGGGGAGGAUGUGCGACAAUGGCUCCAGCAGUGGCACAAGGUAAGAGCGAAUGCGAGUGUUUUCAGCCAGCCAUCUUACUCACAUAUGAAACAGAACAAUUCCACCAUCCCCCUCCCCGCACAACCUACCAUCCCAACCCGCCGCAUCAUCAUCCCUGUCGACGUCCCCGAGAUCCAAGUAGUUCACACAGCCGACCUCCAGCUCCAGCCCAAACCCACUACCGGCCCAGGGCCCUCCACGCACGCCGCCGUCGGCCAGAUGAUCACCGCUGAGCUAAGCCUCCGCCAUACGCGACGCUGGUGUUCCCCAGCGAACCGAGAAAACGCCGACCAACCACUCGAAUGCUCCUACGAGAUCCACGCCAGUCCAGACCAGUGGCAAAUAGGCGGUCGUCGCCGGGGCAACUUCCUCGCACGUGACGGCGAAACCACCCGCUUCACCGUCCUACUCCUCCCGCAGAAACCAGGAUAUCUACUUGUCCCAACUCUUGAAAUCCGUACCUUCCUACCAUCGGCACCUCAGCUCCGGGCGUCGCCGCCUGCGGCUGAUGCCACUGGUUCCAUGGCGCCGGCUCGUCGCUCAAUCCCUUGUGAGGUUGACUACCGUAGUCAUGGUGAGACGGUUCUGGUUCUCCCGAAUUUGAAGAAGACGACUGUCAAUCUGAGUGCCGCUGGCGGUAAUCAUGCUGCUGGUGGGGGAUCGUGGCUCGUUGAUUCGGAGCGGCGGACGGAGCCGGUUCGAUGA